CGUCACCCAAACGAUUGUUCAUCUCUUGACCGUAUUCUUGGAGGACCAUCCAGCAAGCCUCGUCCGAUUAUCAACGCUCAAGCGAAGGUAUUCACGGUAACAGCAGUCUGGUGGUCCUUCGUACGGCUUCCCCUCUUCUGUUGUCUUCUGAGACAUCCUCCAAUCCUCGUGUUCGUCAACCUCGUGGGUCACAUAGCCCUCCCUCAUCCGUUUCGCCAACCCGGUUGGCCACUGCGCUUCGUUAUCAUCCUCGACACGACCCUCUUUCAACUACUUGACAAUGACCGAGUCUGCGGUCUCUCGGCCGCGCUCCCCUUCUCCUCCCACCGCCUCCUCACACUCCUCACCAUCUACCUCUGAUUAUCCUUCCGAUCCGAAUAUGAAUGGACGAGUGUCCCAACCGUUCGCGAACUGGCAUUUGAGCACAUCACUUCCCGAUCUCAAGCCCCCAGAGCAGAGUCUCCUCCUUGAGGACGUGUUGAAAGAGGAUGCUUUCAGUUCGACAACGGAUCAUGCUACUUCCGGGCCGAUUCAUGUAGACUUCGGGACCCCCAGCCUCCAGUUGUACCCAUUCGCGGCGACUCAUGGUCAAGAUACCGUCUCGCAACAGCUCGUGAGCUUCCAUUCCCUUGGUUCGCAGUCACCAACCACUUUUUCACCCCUCGAGACACUGCUCAAACAAGAGCCACCCACAGAAGCGCAAAUGCCCGGCCUAAUUUAUCCUGUUGGUCAAGAGGGUUCUCCGACUGACUACUCAACAUCGUACUUCUAUUCUACCUCUCAUCCUCAAACACCAGCCUCUUCCAGCGAAUCUCCUCAACCAGCGACCGCUACAGUAGAGAGUCAACAUGACGCGAAAGCCACCGAGAUCGUGUAUCCGCCACCAAGCAUCACUGGUUUGAAGAUUGGCUUGCCUACCAUUCCAUCUUUCGGAGCUAAGUCGCGGGUUGAAACGCAGAUCAAAGUCGUCUUGCAACUGGCUAUGCCCGACGGGGAUCCUCUUGCAGGCCGAAGGGUUGGAACAUGGAAAUGGAUAAGACUGGAGAAGGGCGCUGCCCUCCGACGUCGCCCUCGGAACGCUGCAAAGAAUAUGCCGGAGCCAAAGCCAGCAGAAGUACUGUAUCUGGUUGCAACUGUUCACCCCGCAUCCCAACCAAAUUUGACGGCAUUUCGAUGCGUCUCCUGUCAUCAACGUGAGGUCAAGCGCACUGCUCGUAAACUGGCUCUUCGUGUCCGACGUCCUCCUUCCCCGUCUCCUUCGCUCGACCACGGGAAGCCAAAACUGCGUGAGAACAGCGAGGAGGAACUAGAUGAUAAACGUAUGGUCAUUUUCAAUUGCGCCGAUUUGCAGGAGCUUCGUGAUGGAGAGGUCAGCUUACCCACGCGUUUGGUCUGCUACUGUCGACACCACCGCGAGAAGGUCGGUUUCAUUGUGGUCUUCAAACUGUUCGCCGAAGGCGGCCGCUUGGUAGCAGAGGGAACAUCGCCUCCCAUCAUGAUCACCGAUGAUCAUAAGUCACGGAACCCAACCGAUAUUGAGACUCCGGCGACUCGCGUUGAUAUCCUUGGUCAAGUAUCGGGCCCAGAGGAAGUUAUUCCCAAACGCAGGAGGGUUAUUGACGACGGCGCGGAAAGUCAGCAGGAGCGCCGGCCCCGCAAGAAGAAUCGGUCUGCGGCUUCUACCCCACCUAUGUUAUCGGAGCGACCCUCUCCAAGUCAAGGGCCGUUGCCCUUGCCGUUGAGUCCUCUCAGCACCAGCGCAAUAAGUGGCAACUCAGACCUGCCGAGUAACCUCCCGAGCUACCCACAGACCAUUCCAGGCAUCUUCCAAUUUCCUCAUGCCAUCAGUGGUACUGUACCCGUACCACAGACCGUUAUCCAGAAUCGACCGAAAAUCCUUCGCCUGAUUCCCCCAACAGGUCCGGUGGCAGGAGGGAUCGAGGUCACACUCUUGGGACAGGCCUUCAAUCUGACUACGGCUCCAGUUUUCGGUAAUGUUGCCGCAACGAGUUGGACACCAUACGGUGAAAAUGCCAUAGUGUGCAUUUUACCACCGAGUCCCUGUCCUGGACCUGUUCGGGUGACUCUCCAAGGCGUAGAGCCUGUACUUGGAGAAGAACCCUCUAUCUUCUGCUAUGAGGAUCAUUCCGACAAGGCACUGAUGGAGUUAGCCCUGCAAGUCGUUGGUUUAAAGAUGAAUGGUCGCAUCGACAACGCGAGGGAUGUUGCUAUGCAAAUUAUGGUCAGCGGCCGUUCUAUGGGUCCAGGUAACCCGUCGACAUCGCAGGCAGGUGGCAUGCCAUACGGUCAAUCCAUGUAUGCCGCUACAAGAUUCUUAGGAUCUCAAGCUUCGCAGGCAGCUGGCCAUGACUUCCAGUCUACCGUCAUGGCAUUAAUGAGGCUCUUGGAGGCGCCGUUCCCCUCUAACGGUGCUAACGAAGCAUACCUGUGUCGCACUGGUCCUACGGGCCUCACUUUGCUCCACCUGGCAGUGAUUCUGAACUUCCAUCGUCUAUGUGGUCAGCUCCUGUCGCUGGGAAGUGAUCCGAAUGUCCGAGAUGUGAACGGCUAUACAGCUCUACACUUCGCCGCUCUCCAUGGUCGAGUACGGUGCACAAGAUUACUGGUGGACGCCGGUGCGGAUGUCAACAUAGUGCAUGGUCUGGGUGAAAGUGCCGCAGACGUGGCGAGGGGGCACGACGAAGUGGACGUGUUGGAAAUUUGUGAAGAGUAUGGUUUUGAUCAUCCCGAUAACUUUGAUGGAGUGGAUGCCGAUGAGAGCGCGGACGACGCUCUGAGCGAUGCCAGCUAUGGUAUGCCUAGUGGAGAUGACAUGGUCAGCGAAGACGACGAUGUUGCCUUCUCCAUCAACCCUCCAUCUAGUGGCCGCAAUGUGUCUUCCCCUGUUGCCAGCCCGUCAUUGUCAUGCAGCACUGACGAUCUCGAGGAGCUUCCCCCUUUACCGGACGAUUCCGAUGCGGACUUGAUGGAGCCUGGUGAACAGGGAACAAAUGCGGCCCCACCCCCAUAUAGCUAUUGGCCAUCCACCCUUGUGGAUUACUCCGCGGCUCUGCUGCAAAAAGCAUUGCUGCAGCUGCAUAACCCCCCAUACCCCGCUUCUUGGGAGAAGAUGCCUUCGGUCGUUCCCACGUUGCCGUGGGAGAAGAUGGCUCAGCAGUUAAAUUUAUCAGCGAUGCCACUCAUAUUCCACGUUGGGGUUCCCUCCUGGCCGCCUGCCCUCACUUGGCCCGGCACGACGCAGGCUUUUGAUGGAGAGAAGACGACAUCGACACUUGGGAACAUCAAUUCUCCUUCGGCUUGGUGGCAACGCCCAGAGGCUGGUCAGGGUCGCAAGCUUGCUGCAGGUAUGCGUGGGGCGCCUCCGCUGUCAGGAGCGCUUCAAGCGCCAGCUCCGGAUGUCGUUGCUCCUCCGUCAAGGGGUGCUAGAAGAAUUCGUUAUGACGAAGUAGAUGUUACCGAUGGAGAACUCAAUUCUUACGCAUACCAAGCGAGUAUGGAUGGUCGUAGGACUCACAAAAGCGACCGGAUGCUCGUUGUCUUCUGGAUACCUGUUUUAAUUUUGUUCUUGCGAUGGCUGCUAUCCAGUCAUUGCCGUACGCAUACUCGGUGUUACAAGGAAGUUCCCGCGUGCUGAGAUCGCGAUUCGUUCCAAUCUAAGGCUCAAUCCUUUCAGUAGAGAACCAUCGUAGAUGUCUUCAUGGUUUGCGUCUCGGUUGAAGGUGAUUUGUAACGUUGCAAACGUUUGAAUAAAGCAACGAAUUUUAGACUUUGACGUAAACAAUAGAGAAACCAUAUAUGUAGCAUUAUUGUAAACUAGAAACACUUGUGGCUCCUCACAGAAUACAA